CAGGACAGUGAGGAUGGAGGAUGCUGGUCAUGAACUCGCUCUCUUUUCCUCUGUGAUGGAAGGAUUUUUGCUCUCAAGAAGCUGAUCAUUAUUAAGAUUUUGUGGCGUGAUGCAGACGUCCCGGUUUCCAGAGCCGAUCAGUCUGAACACACAUACAACAGGAAGUCCAGCUAAUGCGAAGAACACGCGAGCUAUGUAAUUCCUCUCACAGAGGCUUCUCGAAUCCACCGAGGACCUUUGAAGACAAAGGAGAUACAAUAUGUUUACACGAGUCAUCUGUGUGUGAAACGAAAAACAAAGAAAGGACAAACAGGAGACGGAAGGGAAAUUAAUUCAUCUGAGGAGGCAAAAAAGAAAGAAAAACAAUGUUUAACUAAACUGAAAUCAACGCUUGGUGGCGGAAUCCCAAAUCGGAUACUUACCUUCUGGAAUACGUUUAAUACAGACACUUCACACUUGUAAUACAGGAAGGUCAUGACCCAGAUGCCAUGCGGAUCACCACGGUGACUGGCCUUCCAAACCCCUCCCCCUUCUUUUUCCUAUUGGCCCAGCUGCAGUUUUGGCUCCUCCUCCUGGGCCAAGACAUCGCAGGAGCCACAUCAACCUGCCCGACGCCUUGCAGCUGCUCCAAUCAAGCGAGCCGAGUGAUCUGUACGAGACGAAACCUGGACGAGGUUCCGGAAAAUAUAUCCAACAACACGCGAUACCUCAACUUACAGGAGAACUCGAUACAGGUGAUAAGAUCAGAUACCUUCAAGCACUUACGGCACUUGGAGAUCCUCCAGCUUUCCAAGAACCAGAUUCGUCAGAUUGAAGUUGGUGCAUUCAAUGGCCUCCCAAACCUCAACACUUUGGAACUGUUUGACAACCGUCUCACACUGGUGCCAUCACAGGCGUUUGAGUAUCUCAGCAAGCUUCGGGAGCUCUGGCUUCGAAACAACCCAAUUGAGACACUGCCAGGCUAUGCCUUCCACCGCGUGCCCUCCCUUCGCCGUCUUGAUCUGGGUGAGCUCAAAAAGCUGGACUACAUUUCAGACGCUGCCUUUGUUGGUCUUGUUAAUCUGCGCUACCUGAACCUGGGCAUGUGUGGCCUGAAGGACAUCCCCAACCUGACACCUCUGAUCCGGCUGGAGGAACUGGAGCUCUCUGGAAACAGGCUGGAAAUCAUACGGCCUGGAUCAUUCCAAGGCCUGGAGUCUUUGCGCAAACUGUGGCUUAUGCACUCCCAGAUGUCUGUCAUAGAACGCAAUGCCUUUGAUGACCUCAAGAGUCUGGAAGAGUUGAAUCUAUCCCACAAUUCUUUGCAUUCACUGCCUCAUGACCUUUUCACGCCAUUGCAGAAGCUGGAGAGAGUGCACCUCAACCACAAUCCCUGGGUGUGCAAUUGUGACGUGUUAUGGCUUAGCUGGUGGCUGAAAGAAACCGUACCAAGCAACACAACUUGCUGUGCCCGGUGCCAUGCACCACCAUACCUGAAGGGCAAAUACAUUGGAGAGCUGGACCAAAGCCACUUCACAUGCUAUGCCCCUGUUAUUGUUGAGCCCCCCACUGACCUCAACGUGACCGAAGGCAUGGCUGCUGAACUCAAGUGCCGCACGGGAACCUCCAUGACAUCUGUAAACUGGAUUACUCCCAAUGGAACCCUGAUGACCCAUGGAUCAUAUCGGGUCCGGAUCUCUGUGCUGCAUGAUGGAACUCUGAAUUUCACAAAUGUCACCUUGCGUGACACUGGUCAGUACACCUGCAUGGUGACCAACUCGGCAGGCAACACCACAGCAACUGCCGUCCUGAAUGUCACUGCAGCAGACACCAGUGUUAAUUACACUUACUUUACUACCGUGACUGUUGAAACUGUGGAAUCUACUGGAGAAGAGGAUUCGGCCUUACGUUCGAUCAAUGAGACUAUUAUCCACAUCCCUGGCCCUACACCGUCUGGACGUCUCUGGCAUGAUGGCAUCUCUACGACAGCUUCUUCUCUAUCAGUUUUUGGAUCCUCGUCUUCUCCCCGAGCAACCAAACCAACGUUUACUGUUUCAGUCUCUGAGCCAAGCUACCCCACCGGGCUAGAUGAUGUAAUGAAGACUACCAAGAUCAUCAUCGGCUGCUUUGUGGCUAUUACCUUCAUGGCAGCUGUCAUGCUGGUGGUCUUCUACAAGCUGAGGAAGCAGCACCAGUUGCACAAGCACCAUGGACCUACGAGAGCCAUUGAAAUUCUCAAUGUAGAGGACGAACUCGGAGCCAGCGCCAGUGUUCUUGGAAGCGGGAUUUCUGGUGGAUCCACCAUGCCCCAGGCCGGAUCCAGUGGAGGAAGCCAAAGCCUGAGGCUGCAUCAUCCGGAGAUCGUCAAUCUACCCAACCUGGCUCGGACGGACCACCUUAACCACUACUACAAGCCCCACCACUUCAACAACAACAUGAUGAGUUUGGGGCUCUCUGGAAGCUCUGGAAUGGGCCUCAACAACAACAACAACCCUUGUUCCCAGACCCAGCCCAUGCCAAUCUCCUGCUCCCAGGUGCCUGUCUCUGUGAGCUCCAUUCCCUCCUCGAUGCCCCUGCCUACCCUUAGCAUCCAUGGAUCACUCAAAGGCUUAAUGGGUAAAGGGCAGAACCCUCAAAUCGAGCCUUUACUCUUUAAGAGUGGCUCCAAGGAGAAUGUCCAAGAGACUCAGAUCUAAGAAAGAGAGAGUGAGAGCGAGUGUGUGUGAGAGAAAGGGGAUAGAGAGAUAAAACAAGGGAGGGAAAAAUAGAAAGAUGGCAUAAGGGAGACAGAAACAGAUGAAGUGUACUGGCUGUUCAGCCCCCGUGGGUUUGUUGUUCUCAGGAGUAACGAGCGAGGUAGACCCAGCAUUGUAUGACAUAUUACCUACACGAGAAAAAGACAUUGCUGUGAAACACUACACUGCAAUGGCAGAGACAGGAGAGAGUAUGUGAGAGCGGAAGAAGAAAGAAAGACAGAUGCUGCAGCAUUUCGAUUAACACUUACCGAACCAACACUCACUCCAUUCAACGUGUAGAUGAAACCAUCAGCAGAGCAAAUGCACUCACACAUCCUUCUAUACGGUAUCAGUUUAAUACACGGUCAGUAAUUAUGUGCCAAACUUGCGAGGAAUUGUGCCAAAGCUAAAUCUUUGUGCAUCAGCAUUACAAAGCAUAACCACAGAGGCUAAUCUUACUGAAAAGUUAGAUAAAAGAAGAAGAGCAUGUCAGACACGUCAGCGUGCAUCGUCCCAGCUACGACGCUGGACAAAAAAGUCCACACACAGUAUGCAGUAAAUGAGAACUUCAUAAAUUUGAAAGCAAAAUUUUUAUAAAUGUAUAUCGAACAUACAGAUAUGUUCUAAAUAUGUAUAUACCUGCACAAGGUAUUAUAGUGUCGCUGUAGGAGCGCAGAGGAAAGACGACAAAAGGUUACGAGUAUUAAUAUUCCGUUUAGACGUGGAGGUUUUCUGUAGUAUUCAGGGUCGAUGGAUUAGACAGACCAGCACUGUGUCGAGGGCUGGGGAUUUGUUCUGAUGGACUCCGCCAUAUUCUUGCUUUCUCUAUCCUUUAAAACACCUGGAGGUGGAAGGGAGAGAAAGAGAGAGCAUUCUAUUCUUUGGUUUCUUUUUCUUUUCUGUUUUUUUUUUUUUUUUUUUUCCGAAGGAUCCUAAAGGGCAAAAGACAAUUAUCUAAAAAUCUGAAAAAUGAAACUGUGAAACUACACGAUAUAUAAAUAUAUUUUCAUUCAGAGAAAUAAAUUAUGAAGAAUCUUUAAUCUUUUUUUUUGUUUUCUGACCGAUAAGCCACGUCUUUGGAUGGGUCGAGCGGCCGCACUCGCCGACCUUUAGUGUGCUCGCGCGCCGACGGCCCGAGCGGCCAGACGUACGUCGGGAUUUUUCUGGAGAUCCUGGAGUUUGUGUUUUGACUCAUUUGUAGUCCUGGAAAUCCCUUUUCCCUUUUCUUGUUGCAUUUUACUAACAGGGUUAUUGGUGACGUGUCAUGUUCUGUUCAUCCUUACAGUGAAAUUUAUCCCAGAUUCUUGUUGCAUUAUGAACAUUUUAGCGUUAUAAUGUUGAAUUAAACCGAAUUGUACGGAUUGAGGGGGGGGAAAUAAAAUCACAGACACCAACAAACUAUGCUAACCACAACGAUAACACAGUAAUAGGUAAUGUAACUAAAAGCAAAAUGUGAAUUUUUAUCUAAAUGCUGCUAUAGAGACAGAGAGAGAGAGAGAGAGAGAGAGAGAGAGAGAGAGAGAGGUAAUUUUAUCAUGAUUUGUCCCUCUAUAUUAAAGACGUGAAUACGAUUUUAUGGCUAUUACAUGUAUUAUUAUAAUUAAAAUUAUAAUUAUAAAAAUGCCUAUAUGUCAGCUUUUUUAUUUUUGAUUUUAAUUUCAGUUCCUUUUGUAUCCAGAGGUGAUGUUUGUAUUUCAUUGUGCUAGACGUGAUUGUCACCACAGCGGAUUCGAUUUCUAUUCCCAGCGGAAUAAAAAACGAAAAAAAAAUAAAUAAAAUAAAAUAAAUCCCAACAACAACUUCAGCAAACGUCAAAACAUUGAAACAGGAAAAAAAAAAAAUAAAGGGUCUCGGACCGGGGCUCUUUUCGACUCUGUUUUCUACAAACCUCAACCAGGAGCCUGAAUAUAUUUUUCCCCUCGUGUGACUGAAAUGAAAGCCAGGCUCCAGCGUUAACGCUAACGGUGCAAAUACGGUGGAUUACUAGCUCGUCCACGGACACGGACACGGACACGGACACGUUCCCUGGACAAGGACUUUUAUCACCUAAUGACUCUUACAGGGAAAAAAAGGUAAGAGAUUGAAAUAGAAUCUGGAAAGAUUUUUUUUUUAAUGGAACAAAGACAGAUAUCUGAGAAAAUAUAGAAAUAUAGAGCUCUUUUAAAAGAAAACAGACCUAUUAUGAUAAUAAGUGUCUUUCAUUAUUUGUUUUUAUCUCGUUUCAUUUUUUUUUCUUUCUUUUUUUUUUUA